UAUCACGUACCAUCAGAAACCGGCAGUUUAGAGCCAGGCGACUGUCAGUUUAUUUGGGUCUGGUAUGAGAUGAUAGAGGAGGACUCGGAUGACUUGAAAGAAAUUCUCACCGAUAUUUCCGGGAAGAGGCAUCUUACAACAAUCCCAAGAGGAAAAAUGCAACCGAGCGUAUGGGCCAAAAAGCGUAGCCGUGGUACAGAUAUUCCCAGCAAAUCAUUUGCAGAACUUCUCGAAAAGACCACCGAUCCGUUUAUUUCUGCCAUUAGGGAUUGUGCCGCAUCAAAAGCAGUCUUCCAUGACGGCAAGCUGAUUCUUGUUGGAGAUGCAUUUUCUUUGCUUCGGCCCCAUAAUGGUUCGAGCACAAACCAGGCGGCUAUGCAAGCGCUGGGUUUGGCAGAGGUUUUCCAAGGCACAUCUGACUUAUCAAAGUGGGAAAGUAACUCCAUUGCAUAUGCAAAAAUGACUAGCGCCAUCAGUCUUGCCUUUGGAGAAUACUGCUUUACGUGCAAGGUUCCCAGCAGUCUAGGAAUCAAGCCGGACAAUAAAACUGACUAA